UACCGCCCGGCCUCGCCGCCGCCGCCGCCGCCCUCGCGGCCUGGCCCCGCCGCGCCCGGCGCGCCCGCCGCCCGGGGGGAUGUCUUACAAACCGAACUUGGCCGCGCACAUGCCCGCCGCCGCCCUCAACGCCGCUGGGAGUGUCCACUCGCCUUCCAGCAGCAUGGCGACGUCUUCACAGUACCGCCAGCUGCUCAGUGACUACGGGCCACCGUCCCUAGGCUACACCCAGGGAACUGGGAACAGCCAGGUGCCCCAAAGCAAAUACGCGGAGCUGCUGGCCAUCAUCGAAGAGCUGGGGAAGGAGAUCAGACCCACGUACGCGGGGAGCAAGAGUGCCAUGGAGAGGCUGAAGCGCGGCAUCAUUCACGCUAGAGGACUGGUUCGGGAGUGCUUGGCAGAAACGGAACGGAAUGCCAGAUCCUAGCUGCCUUGUUGGUUUUGAAGGAUUUCCAUCUUUUUACAAGAUGAGAAGUUACAGUUCAUCUCCCCUGUUCAGAUGAAACCCUUGUUUUCAAAAUGGUUACAGUUUGGUUUUCCCUCCCAUGGUUCACGGGGCUCUGAGCCUACAGUCUCAAAGAUCCAGAAAAGAUUUUGCAGUCAAUUAGGAUUUGCAUUUUAAGUAGUUAGGAACUGCCCAGGUAUUUUUGUUUUUUAAGCAUUGAUUUAAAAGAUGCACGUAAACUUAUCUUACAGCAAACAGUAGUUUGCCUCCAAGACACCAUUGUCUCCCUUUAAUCUUCUCUUUUGAAUACAUUUGUUACCCACGGUGUUCUUUGUUCCUUUUCAUAAGCUAAUAUACCACUCUAGGGAUUUUGUUUUGAACGCAUAUUGACAGCACGCUUUACUUAGUAGCCGGUUUCCAUUUGCCAUACAGUGUAGGUUCUGCUUAAUGUAACUUCUUUUUUGCUUAAGCAUUUGCAUGACUAUUAGUGCUUCAAAGUCAAUUUUUAAAAAUGCACAAGUUAUAAAUACAGAAGAAAGAGCAACCCACCAAACCCUAACAAGGACCCCAGAACACUUUCAUACUAAGACUGUAAGUAGAUCUCAGUUCCGCGUUUAUUGUAAGUUGAUAAAAACAUCUGGAAGAAAAUGACUAAAACUGUUUGCAUCUUUGUAUGUAUUUAUUACUUGAUGUAAUAAAGCUUAUUUUCAUUAACAA